AUGAACGGUCAUACCACUGAAAGAACGCCGCUGCUUCGCUCCGCAGCGGACCGCGAGGUAGAGGCAGGAGGAAAUGGCCAAGAGACUCCCGUUUCCCAAUGGCGACGGACAUUGGGAAUCAUGUUGGCUCUCGUUGGAGUCUUCGUUGCGGGCGCAGACCAGUCCUUUUUGAUGGUCACCUAUGAAGUGAUUGCCUCGCAGUUCGACGACGUUUCCGAUAGUGCCUGGGUGUUGACGGGGUAUAAUUUGGGCUACUGCAUUGCCUUACCGGUGUACGGAAAAAUGAGCGACUCGUAUGGCCGCAAGAUCCCGCUCGCUGUGUCGUACUGCUUGUUCAGCAUUGGCUGUCUGAUUUCUGGAACGGGUGUGCUCUUAUGGCAAAUUAUUGUGGGAAGAAUCAUCACCGGCCUCGGAGGAGCGGGCAUGGUUGCCCUAAUCUCGGUGAUUAUUACAGACAACGUUUUGCCCAGCCAGGUGGCUCUUGCAAGAAGCUAUGUCAAUGUUUUCAAUGUCUCCGGGCGGGCAUUUGGAGGACCCCUCGGGGCAUUCAUCACAGAUGCAGUCGGCUGGCGAUGGUCUUUCAUUGUUCAAGCCCCCACGGCUCUGCUCUGCUGCGUUUGCUGCAUGGUCUUUUUAACUACCCAGCAAUCUGGAGGUAAAACCAGCGAGCAGGCUCAGAGCCAGCCAGUCUCGAAGAAAAUCGACUACUUGGGGGUUAUCACUUUUACCAUCACUAUCUCAAGCUUGCUGGCCUCGAUUGAGUUCCUGGCCAGAGGCAGGUCACAGUCUUUGGUGCUGUUGGGAGUCACGUUCUUUUUUGGACUGGUCUUCCUGCUUAUUGAAGCAUAUCACGCCAAGGAGCCGCUGAUCCCUCUGUCACUGCUAAAGACUUCGUCGGCAUUUUAUUUUGUUAUCCAGAUGCUGCUGCUGUUUGGUCGACAAGCGCACGUCUCGAGUCUCUCUCCUUAUUUUCUGUGGACUAAAGACUUUAAAACCACACAAGCUGCCAUCCACCUGAUUCCCUCACCCAUCGGGUUCACAGUUGGGUCUAUAAUUGGCGGCCUGGUGAUUAGAAAAACAAAUAACUACAAAAGCCUCUGCAUCGGCUCGAUUGCUUUCGGUGCCUCGAUGUACCUCCUCAUCACUAUUCGCUGGAGCGCUGAUAAGCAACUCCCAUGGGAAUGGCUGUAUAUCCUGCCCGCGGGUUUGAGCCUGGGAGCCGUGCUAGCCUGCACCUUCACCGGGCUGACGGUGUGCACCGAGCAGUCGCUGCAAGCCACCACCAUCUGCAUGUAUUACCUGUCGCAGCAAGUCGGCGGUAUCAUCGGGACGGGGGUUUCGUCCGUUGCUCUUCAUGCGAUCUUUAAAGAUACACUGAUCUCUCUUCUGCGAGACGUCCCGAACAAAGCAGAGGUCAUCAAAAACAUCCUCAACAAAUUCGGUUCUCUGGGCGUCCCCGAGAUGUUUCGAGUUGCCGUGCAUUCCAGCUAUCUGCACAGUUUCCACUAUGUUUCUUUGAUCCCCGUUUUUGCCACGGCUCUGGCCCUGCCGCUGAUGCUGAUGAUCCCGAAAGCCGCGUUGAAAUAG